GGGGGGUCUGGGCGGGGAGUUCCUUGUUCCUUACGUCUUGACAGUCGAGAGAUUCGAGACGCUGAUGACAAGAGAUAAGUAAACGCGAUCUGUUUGGCGUGGCAGAUCCCAGAACAACUGCGAUGGAAAGUUGCUCCCUGUCCAGGCGACCAAGGCAAAAAGUAACAGAGUGGAAGAAAUAACUGCGCCGAGGCUCCCUCCCCAGUUCAACUGCGUUCGGCUGACUGUGUGUGUGUUAUUUUUGGUGGUGGGUGGGGGAAAGAUCCGGUUUUUUUCUAAUUCACUCUACAGCAACAACAACAGAAAGAGUUUUAUUUUGAAACUUCUUUUUUUGGAGGGGGGGGAGGAAAUAUUGAAGAAACGGCGGAGUUGAAUCAAAGGACUAUAACAAAAGAGGUUUAGUGCCGGCGAGUUUUCGGUGUUAAAGUGCCCGGCGACAUUAGUUCCUUCAUGACGGCCGAGAUCCAGCAGCCGCCGGCUCACAGCACGGCCCAGAGCAGUCCCAUGUCUGCAGCUCCCGAGAAAGUCAACAAUCAGACCUCUGUGAUGGAAUCAGCCAUCUCCACCACCAAAACCAAGAAAACAAACGCUGGCAUCCGACGCCCCGAGAAGCCGCCGUACUCCUACAUAGCUUUGAUUGUUAUGGCCAUUCAAAGCGCCCCUACCAAGCGGCUGACCCUCAGCGAGAUCUACCAGUUCCUGCAGAGCCGCUUCCCUUUCUUCCGGGGCUCCUACCAGGGCUGGAAGAACUCGGUGCGUCACAACCUUUCCCUGAACGAGUGCUUCAUCAAACUGCCCAAAGGCCUGGGCAGACCCGGCAAAGGCCACUACUGGACCAUUGACCCGGCCAGCGAGUUCAUGUUCGAGGAAGGUUCCUUCAGACGCAGACCCAGGGGCUUUCGUCGGAAGUGCCAAGCGCUCAAGCCCAUGUACAGCAUGAUGAACGGAUUGGGCUUCAACCACAUCCCAGAGACCUACAACUUCCAGGGCUCUAGAGCGCCCAUCUCCUGUGCUCCAAAUGGGCUUUCGCUAGAUAGUAGCAUCAGCAUGAUGAAUGGACAUCUGCCCAACAACGUUGAUGGAAUGGCUUUACCAGGACACUCGGUCUCUCACCUGUCGACCAACAACGGGCACUAUAUGGGAAGUUGUACGGGCUCUUCUGUGGGAGACUACCCCAAUCACGCCGACAGCUCGGUGUCCGCCUCUCCCUUGCUGACCGGCGGCGGGGUGAUGGAGCCUCACUCCAUGUACACAUCCACCGCUUCGGCGUGGGCACCCUCAGCCUCUGCACUCAACAACGGGGCUCCUUACAUCAAACAGCAGUCUCUAUCACCGUGCAACCCGUCGGCGAAUCUAACUGCAAACCUGCAAGCACAUUCCCUAGACCAACCCUAUUUACACCAAAAUAGCCACAAUGCGACCGAUAUACAAGGAAUUCCGCGAUAUCACUCGCAGUCUCCCAGCAUGUGUGAUAGGAAAGAAUUCGUCUUCUCUUUCAAUGCCAUGACGUCCCCUUCAAUGCAUCCAUCAACUAAUGGAUCUUACUAUCACCAGCAAGUGACUUACCAAGAUAUUAAACCGUGUGUAAUGUGAUCCUAUCUAGAAAAACCAGUGGAAUAUGCUCUCCCUAACCCCACCACCCCCGGUCUUGCACUGCGAUAGUUCGCAGCAGCGGUGCGUUCCUGCCCAUAGAAACAUUGUUUUGGAUCCUUAUUUAAUACAAUAAGCGGAUCCAGACUUAUUACUAGAGAGAGAAAAAUACCAUUUGUGAAGGCACUUUCAGCGAAGCUCAAUCUAAUAGUUCCUAUUUAUUCUAAUUUUUAGCUACCCAUCAUAAAAAAAACACCGCAUAGCCUCUGAAACUGAUCAGUAUUGUAAAAUAAGUCAGUGGUGCAGUGUGAUGGCAAUAUUUGCCAUUCCUGUAGUUUUUUCAUAUAAUGUAAACCAAGCCUUAACAUGCAUUUUAAAAAAAAAACAAAGUCAUCCUAACCUUUUUAAAAUUUGAAUAUGUAUUGAAAAAAUACAUAAUUUAAUGUCUCUUGGCAUUGGGAAAGAUUUUCAAAAAAAAUCGGUAUUUUGACACCUGACUUUUAACGUAAUCUUAUGCACUGUAUACAAAUGUAAUUCAUGUGGAUUUAUAGACGAGGUGGUUUGUACCUUUUUGUAGAUGACCAAAAUGAAAUGCUCUGUUAAUCUGUGUAUGAAGUCUACAUGAUAUUGUACGUUUCAGUAAAAAUAAUAAUAAAAAAAAGAAACAACACG